AUGUCGGCCAUCAAGACUGCAGUCUUCGGUUUGAUUCUGCUAUGUGCAGGGCAAGCAGCAGCCUAUGGUAGAGGACAUUGCCACGAGCCGACCCAUGAUCCAUUGAAGGGUUGUCCUGCCGGCACCCUACUCGUCGGCCCAGGCCAGAACUUCACCAGCGUACAGGCCGCCGUACGUAGCCUAGGCAAUACAACAACUCCUGCCACAAUUCUCAUCCUGCCUGGCAACUACACCGAACAGGUCAAUGUCACUCGACAAGGACCACUGACGCUUCUCGGCCAGACUCAUGCUCCCAACGAUGCGUCACAGAACACUGUCAACAUAAUCUGGCACAAUGCUACUGGGACAGCGACGACUGGCACUUACGACAACGCAUACACAAGCACGUUGACCAUUGCGCCAGACUUCAAUGCUUCAGCGACUGGAUCUGGACCAAGUGGCAAUCCUGUCCCGCCAGGAACACCAUUCGGCAAUGCUGACUUUAGGGCAUAUAAUCUCAACUUCAUCAACGCUUACCUGCCAUAUUCUGCUGGACCUAGUCUGGCGUUGAGUGUGAGCUAUGCCAAUGCCGGAUUCUACUAUACGCAACUUCAGAGCUAUCAGGAUACAGUCUACGUCGGAAAACUAGGCAACGCAUACAUGUAUGGCUGCAUCAUUGGUGGCCAGACCGACUUCUUCUAUGGCUUCGGCACUUUAUGGGUCGACCAGUCCCAAGUCCAGCUACGUGGCUGUGGCGGCGGCAUCACAGCUUGGAAGGGCUCGAAUACCACAUUCGAGAACAAGUACGGUGUCUACAUCCACAACAGCCAUGUCGCGAAGGCGAACAGCACCUUGAACAUCACACAUCAGUGUGCGCUUGGAAGACCGUGGAACGCGCAGCAUCGCUCGAUCUUCGCCAAUGACUACUUAGACGAUAGUAUCCGGCCGAGUGGGUAUAUCCAGUGGAGUGCAACAGAUCCAAGGGUCAAUCUCAAUACUAAAAUGGCAGAGUACGAAGACUACGGGCCUGGCUUCAAUCUCACUGGCCGACAAUUGGCUAGCAACAUUACGAUAGAGAUGACAGCGGCGCAAUACGAGCCGUACAGUAAGCCUGCGAAAGUGUUCCAGUAUCCUUUUUCCGGGCUGUCUGGUAAUACAGAGUGGAUUGACGAGCAUCCGCAGGCGUAG